ACAACCUAAGGUUUAAGAAGUUGCGCCUUCUUCAGAUCUUAGAUGGCAUUAACAUUUUCUUUUUCACCUGCGUCUGUUGUGGAACCUGAUUGCUUACGAAAUGUUGUUAAGUUGGCAAGAGAAAACAAUUUACUUCUUUCGGAAGAGACUUGCUGGUGCUUACUGGACUCAUGUCUGUCGAAAAUUCCGUUGAAGAAAACUUACCAACUUCUAGAUGAAUUAUACAGUACUGAGGAGUUAAGGUUUCCAGAAGGUAGCGAGUUUGCAGUUGAGUCGAUACGUGCCAGAUCUGUUAACAAAGGUAUUGUUUUCUAUUAUGUAAAAUGGGUUGGGUGGCCACCUGUGUUCAAUACUUGGGAACCAGAAUCUAAUCUUCAUGGAUGCGAGGAUUUAAUACAAAAAUUUAUUGAAUCUUAUGGCUCGACGAUUGGGAUGCUUCCGCCUGAUAAUCAACCUGAUAGAAAAUCACAGGUUCAGGAAGUAAUGGAUCGAUUGAAGGAAGCUGUCAAUACAUCUGGGUCUCUACCGUUAUAUCUACUAGAACGAUUUUCCAGUCUCCAACCUGAUCCUACCAAUAGCCUUCGACCAUACAAACACUUACCCACCAUAAACAUCGAAAAGCUUUUUUCAUCACAAAUAUCACAAGGCAUUAUAGAAUCUAUUUCACUCAAGCGACCUCCCAGUGUCGCUGAUCUCUUGCCAGUUUCUACCAAACGUAUUCGUCUUAGUCGGAAAGAUAAACAAGUGUUGGAUUCUGCUCUAAGUGCUUUCCAACAAAAACUCAACACUGUCUACUCAAAUGAAGCACCAAUCACUGUGGAAAAUUCUGUAGAUUCUGAAUGUCCACCAGUUGAAUUCCAGCCGAUUCCAGAUUAUUUACCUGGACAAGAUGUAUUCUUACCAACCAAAGCUCCUAUUGGGUGUGAAUGUACAAUGGACAAUUUGGAUCAGUCAGAGCUAGCUAAAAUUCGUAAAACAGAUGGAAGCAGUUCACCAGUUAUAUAUCCUUGUUGGAUCAAUAAACGACGUAGUUGUUGUGCUGUUCGUGCUGGUGCAGUUCCACCCUAUGAUAAACGGAAAAGGCUCGUUGCCCCUCCUGGUCAUCCUGUUUAUGAAUGUAACUCCUUAUGUCCAUGCGAUUCGUCUUGUCCAUUUCGUGUUGUUCAACUUGGACGAAAAGUUCCUUUGUGUGUUUUCCGUACACGUGACCGAGGAUGGGGCGUUAAAACAGUGGUUCCCAUUAGUAAAGGGACAUUUGUCGUUGAAUACUUAGGAGAGAUUCUUAAUUUUGAUGAAGCAGAAAAACGAGGGAUAAUAUACGAUAAACAGACUAUGACAUAUCUUUUCGAUUUGGAUUUCGAAGGUGAUGCUUAUUACACUGUAGAUGCUUCUCAAAUGGGUAAUAUAUCACAUUUUAUUAAUCACUCGUGUGAUCCCAAUCUCACAGUUCGUUGUGUUUUUAUUGAGUGUCUCAAUACGAAGUUGCCCCGUAUUGCGCUUUACGCUUCUAGAUUUAUAAGGAAAGGUGAAGAACUUACAUUCGACUACAAUAUGACUGUUAUGUUUUGCGCGACUAACGUAAAUCUGCUAGUAAUGAGCGUCUUGGAUGGGAUUAACAGAAAACUUUUCAAUCAAGUUUCUUGUUUUCUUAUCAUUGAUGAACAAAGGAAAUUUAUUUUAUUCUAACAAUUUCAGGUGGUAAAAUUAAACUAAAUAUUGCUCGAAGCUAUUUGAACCGAUUACUUGAAGAGUUCAAUAUUGGAGCUCUUGUAUAAGUAUCUUAUCCAACAUUGAUUGUAAAUUUUGCAAUCGUGACCCAAGUCUCGGUUUUGUUGAUUUCUUUCAUUUGUGAUUAUAGCUUAGUUACAAGUUUCCAUUCCUUAGCAUAAGUAAUAACUAAAACAAUAACUUUGUUUUGUUUCGAGACAAACUUUCGAAUUGAAAUGUUAUUGUAUAACAACAUAGGACUUUUUAUUUCCAGGUGCUGUGGCUGCGGACACUAGUGUAGUUAUAGAUGAUGCCGGAGAGGCAGAAACUCCUUCAGAAACCCAAUCAGGGUCAUCGAAUAAUGGUGGGAAGAGUCCGACCCCAUCUUCUUCCUCAGUUGACGUAACUCCUGACACAAGCAGUGAGGUAUCUUUCGAUAGCAAGUCUCUGGGAUCUAAAGGUCCUCGUAUGAAAUGCUUAUGUCGAAGUAAAAACUGUCGUGGAUAUUUGGUCAACUAGAGAUUUUUACUGACUUUAUGGAGUACGGUAAAGCUGAAAUACAGUCUGCUUAUAAUUGUAUACAAUGUCAGUUUUAUCCACUCAGGCUUCAUGUAUUUUUAAUGAACCAUUAGGAAUAUUUGUAUUUACAAUUAUAUUUGAUUCUUAUUUUAUAUUUAUUGUAAAUUAUACUGCUCUAUACGGCAAAUUAUAUACAAGUAUAUGUAAAGAUAAUUGGUGUAGUUUACAGAUUAUAUGUAUACUUUGUGUCUUUUUGUUCAUCAGCAUUUUACAGUUUUUUAUAGUAACAAUAAAUUUUAGGGCACUGAAAAUGUACGUUUACUCUUUUAAAUGCCUUUAUACAUUUCAGUUAUUUUCAUUUACUUUUAUCCUGAGAAGGUAACACUUUGUUGUUAAUACGAUAUAUCUGUAUUC